AUGGAUAGUGAGACUCUUGGUCCGGCAACAUAUUACACGAUCGAUACAAACAGGUGGGCAGUUAGCAAUGUUGGUCUGCCUUCUGGUAGCGGCAACCCACAAUACACGAAUACUUUGGAGUCAGAGUUGUUUCAAACUGCACGAAUUUCUGCUGGAUCUUUGAGAUACUACGGCUUGGGUCUUGAGAAUGGUAAUUACACUGUGAGACUUCAGUUUGCUGAGAUCCAAAUUCUAGGCACUAGAACUUGGAUGAGUCUUGGAAAGCGUGUUUUUGAUGUAUAUAUUCAGGGGAAACUGGAGCUGAAAGACUUUGACAUACUAAGAGAGGCUGGUGGGACUGCUUUGAGAGCUGUUAAGAGGGAAUUGCAAGUAGAAGUGUCUGAAAACUACCUUGAAAUUCAUCUCUUCUGGGCUGGAAAAGGGACUUGUUGUGUACCUGCUCAAGGUACAUAUGGACCUUUGAUUUCGGCAAUAAGUGCCACCCCAGAUUUCGUUCCCACCGUUAGAGACAGACCUCCAAGUAGGAAGAAGAACAGGACUGGCCUGAUUGUAGGGAUUGUAGUUGCAGUCGGAGCUGUAAGCUUUCUUUCUGUAUUUGUAGCAUACUAUUUGGCUCAGAGAAGAAGAAAGAAGGAGAGCUAUGAUGAAGAAUUCUUGGGAAUGGAUGCCAGACCUUACACGUUUAAUUAUGCGGAGCUAAGAGCUGCAACAGAUGACUUCAAUCCUGAUUAUAAGCUUGGAGAGGGAGGAUUUGGACCUGUGUACAGGGGAACACUUGAGGAUGGAAGAGUUGUUGCUGUAAAACAAUUUGGGUAUCUUGCACCUGAAUACGCCAUGCGCGGACACCUUACCGAGAAAGCAGAUGUAUUUAGCUUUGGAGUUGUAGCUCUAGAGAUUGUUAGUGGAAGGCCGAAUUCUGACUCAAGUUUGGAAGACGAUAAAAUGUAUCUUCUUGAAUGGGCUUGGAAUCUUCAUGAGACAAACCAAGAAAUGGAACUCAUUGACAGAACAUUAUCCGAAGUGAACGAGGACGAAGUAAAAAGAAUUAUAGGAGUGGCUCUUCUGUGCAGUCAAACAUCGCCCGGUUUGCGGCCUUCAAUGUCACGUGUGGUGUCAAUGCUUUUUGGAGACAUUGAGGUGCCCCCAGUCACUUCAAAGCCUGGAUACCUGACUGACUGGAAAUUCAAUGAUGCAACAACCUCUAUGUCGAACAUGGAUAGUUCAACUUCAAGAACUGAUAUUAGUCAGGGCAAUCCAUCAAACAUAAAAAGCACGGCAACUACAGAUCCAUCUUAUUCACCUAUCUCUGAUUCGAAACCCAUUCUUCAUGAGAUUAUAGGCGAGGGCUGGUGA